AUACAAAAUAUAUAUAUAUUAAAUAAUGUGUAUUCGUCAUCACCGAUUCACAUACUAAUGUUAAUUACAAUUAAAAUUAAUUCAAGCGAGAAAAUUUUGUCUGAUUUAAUGCUUAGUGAUAAUCUGUGGCUAUGAUUCGAUUGAAUCAGACGAGUUUAAAAAUAAUCAGCAAAUUUAUGCAAAUAAAAUCACCAAAUAUAUUCAUAAAUACUAUAAAUUAGUGAAACAGAUUAAACGAAGAACUGUAAAAAAAGGAAUCGCCAAUAAAAUACGCAAUGGAUAGUGCUAUUGAGGUUAUUACCACUAGCGAUAUAAAUGGCGGGAAUACUGAGGUGGCGCGCAACGUUGAUGAUCCAGAAGUUGCUGCUACAGAGAUACAAAAGGUCGAUGAGGAAACAGUAGUACAGCAGAAAUUAGACGAACCAGCCAAAAUGGAGGAAGAGGUUAACGGGGAUGUCAAAAGUGGUAUUGGCAAAAAAAGUAUUACACCAGUAGCUAAAAGAAAACUUCGUAAAUUUAAAGCAAAUUCGACAAGUAAUGUUGAAAAUGAACCAGCUAAUAAAAAAAGAAAACUCUCAGACAGUGUUAUAUCUUCUGAAGAUUCUAUGGAUUUUACUGGGUUUGAUAAAAAUUCCACAAUAAUAGUAGAAGCUGCAUCAGCAAUCUUACAAAAACUUAUUGCCGAAGCAGAAGCUCUUGAUGCACAAGCAAUGAAACGUAUGAGACGGUCAGUAUCAAAAGGACCACGACAAACAACAGACAAUCACUCUGUAACGUCAAAUAUACCUGAUGCUAAUGAUCUAAAAAUGAGAUGGAAGGAUGACACUACGGAUAAUUUAGAUAAGAAAGAAUUUUAUAUUGAUUCUGAUUAUGAUUAUCUGAAAAAUAAAGAUACAACGCAUAAUACAUCAGUUUCUAUUAAAAGUCCCAUUGGGGUAAAUCGACAAAAGGGAUUAAAAAGUACAAAUUUUACUAGUAGUGGUAGUGCUACUUCUACCAGUAUAAUGAAACAAAAAUCUGUUGAUAUUACAAAUCCAUUAUUUAAAGAACCUUUCAAAUACGGUUGGAAAAGGGAACUUAUUUAUAAUAAAGGAGAUUUAGAAAAUUCUUCACAAAAAGCAAUAAAAGUUUUUUACAUUACACCAAAGGGUAACAAAAAAGUUUAUAAUCUCAAACAAGUUGCUGAACAUUUAAAUACGAAAGAGCUAACGAUAGAUAAUUUUACAUUCAUUCAGGAACCAAUAGGAAUAAAUGAUUCUGAAUGUGAAAUAAUUCGAGAAGAAGAUAUAGUAAGCACACCAGUUUUGACAGUUAGUUCAUCCGGAGGUAAAAAAGGAUCUGUAAGUAAAAGAGGAGGAAUGUCCAGAAGAGUGAUGAGUGGGAAAUUGCCAUCUGCAUCUUAUUCACCAACUCAUCCUGUUGUUAAAAGCUCUGGAAAAAUUAUUCAAAAUAAAACGAAUAUUUCUACUAAUUCAAAAGCUAAAGUCAUUGGCAGAAGAGGAACUUCUCAACAAAAGAAAGAUGUAUCACCGCCAAAAGAAUCGGAUAUAGUUACAUCCUGGAAUAACUCAUCGAGUCAACGACGUACUACAGUAAAAAAAUCAACAUCAUCAUAUAAAAUGAAGCAAUCACUCAAGACUAAAUUGCAAGAACCGUGUAGUAUACGAUGUUCAAUGAGUAUGGGUUUAAUACCCAGUCUUCAGUGUUGUGUCUGUCUUUGUCUUUAUCAUCCAGAAUGUGUUGAUCAUUUUGACGAAUCAGUAGUAGAAGAUUAUAUUUGCAAGAAUUGUCAUCAACAAGAAAAUGAAGAAACAAAAAAAUCGAAUAUUAUGACACCACCACCAUUAAUUCCAAUUAGUAUGAUUAAUACAUCGAAUUCUAAAUCGAGAUAUUCUUCUCAUGAAUCAAUAUCAAAAACUUCUGAAAAGUCAUCUAUAGAAGCAAGUAAUAAUUAUUCAAUUAGUAAUAAAGUUGAUAUUUCUGCACCAUGGUUAAGUUCAAGAGUAGGGACUGGUGGCAUAAGAGACUACAUUUCAGAUAAUUUUGAACCUAAACCAGCACAAAAUAUUGCUAUUUUAUCUGGUAAAAAAUACAUAGUAGUACCUAAAAAUAAUGCUGGAGCUGUUCAACCAGCAAUAACUGCUAAAACUGACAAAUCAAAUCAACCAAUACCGACAGCUUCUUUCAUGAAAGAUCAUUUUGAUAGAGAUAGUCUCAGUGCCGAUAAGAAUAGUUUACUUCAUCAACAACAACACCUACAACCACCCCAACAAUUGUCAGAAUUUCAAGAUAAAACAAUGGAAAAUAAAUCAGUAUUAAUAGAUAAUAGUAAUAAACAACAAGAAAUGACAGAAAAUAUUUUAACACAAGAUGCUUCAACUGUUGAGUCAUGUGUGGAUACUUUAGAAAAAAUACAUAAAGAAGUUAUUUCUUUAAAUACAACAAUAUUAUGUGAAGAUUUAAAUAUUGAUCACGAUCGAAUAAGUAAUGACGAAGUUUCAAAUUUAUCAAACUUACAAAAUACACAACAAUCAUUAAUAAAUGCUAAUUUGACAAUAACUCCAUUGCUAGUCGACAACAUGAAAAAAUCUGGUUUAGCAGAUCAACCACAACAGAUUGAUCAAAGGCAGUAUUUCAUGUCUACAGUUUGCGCUGGAUACAAUGCUUUAACAAGAAUAUUUCAAUAUCUCAAAGUACAAGAACUUCUUCGUGCUGCUCGUGUAUGUAAAAUGUGGAGAGAUGUAGCAGCUCAUCCAGCUUUAUGGAAAACUGUGAGGAUGAAAAAUAGUCAAGUAACUGAUUGGGAUGGUUUAGUUGCUUCAUUACAAAGACAUGGUACACAACAUUUAGAUCUACGAAAGAUGUUAAUUUCUGGAGAAUCAGAUAGUACGUGGAAAAAAUUUGUUUCUGUUAUACCAAAUGUUACAACAUUGGUAAAAUUAGAAUUAUGUAAAUGUCCAGUCAUGGUUGUCGAACAAGUCAUUAAAGCUUGUCCUCAACUUGAAGUACUCAGUUCUAUGACAAUAAAGUGUGAAUGGUUAAAUCUAGAAGCAGUGGGUAAUUUAACUCGGUGUCGAGAACUUAAAUUAAAAUCAAUAUCAGGAAUGUCAUUACAUGGAGAUUUGACACCUUUACAAAAUUUAACUCAAUUAACUCACCUAAGUUUAACAUCAGUAAAGGAAUUGGGAAAAAAGAAAAUUGAAGUUUUAGGUUCAUUAAUAAACUUAGAAACACUGGAAUUAGGAGAAUGUUCAGACUUUCCUUCCAAAUUCGGCACAGCUGUCUUAUGUAAACUUAUCAAAUUAGAACGCCUAAGACUUGAAAAGGGCCAAGGAACUUGCUGCACAUUUGAUAUUUUAAAUGGAGUAGCUAAACUAGAAAAAUUACAACAACUUGAGCUUGUUAAUUUUGAUGUUAAAAAUGGAUUUGAUAAACGUUUGGCAAGCUGUAAAAAUAUUAAACGUUUAUUGAUUAUACCAACUUAUAUAUCUCAAUCAGCAACAUCUAAUAAUAUGGUACUUGGUGGUGUUACGGAACUGUCAAACAGUCUUACUCAUUUUGUAUGGGGUGUCACAUUGGAAUUACUUAGAGUGACAGAGUUAUUUGUUGAUCAGUGUAAUCAAAUGAACAAACAGGUCUCUGGAGAUUCUAUACCAGUAUUGAAACCUGUUCCAUGUCUGAAAUUAAUUGAAAAUGUUGAACAAGAUGAAGUUCAAAAAGGUGAUGAAAAAUCAUUAAAUUUACCAACUCCUCAAGUUGAUAUUCUACCAUUACCGCAACUUCAAAAGUUAUUGUUAACAGCAUUACCGAAAACACGUGUCAAAAUAUUAAAAAUACCUUUCCAUGCCACUUGGAGACAAAGUAUCUCCGAUACUUCAUCACAAUCAUAGCAAAUUAAUAAAUAAUACACAAGUGUUUGUGACAAUUAAUUUUUCUACUACUGAGCCCAUGAAAAACUUGAAUUUCAAUUUUACACAUUUAUUUCAUAUAAUAAUAUUAAUUAUAGAAUUUAUUUGAGUAAUUUUAAUAAAAAUUUCAUUGAAAAAUAUAAA